AUCGCAACAAAUAAUAAUCUCAACAGCUCUGUCGCUGGUCGAUCUCUUUCUGCUUCUCUGAAAUCGUCUACUGUCCCUACUCAACAGUUGUUGCCGUCCGUCUCAGACGACCUCUUCUCCACCGUUUCCCAUUCUGCGUUCCACUGCUGCUUGUUUAUCCAACCGUUACUAUGGGUGCUCACUCUGCUGUCUGGCAACAAUAUGUCGAUUCCAGUCUGAUGGGAUCCGGCCAAUUUGACAAAGCCGCCAUCCUCAGCCCUGACUUCUCCGGCGUUGAGGCUUCGUCUCCCGGCUUCACGAUCUCGCCCCAGGAAAUCCAAGGUAUCGGAUCUGCCUUUGGUGACAGCACCUGGGCCAUGCAGAACGGUGUCACAAUCGGUGGAGAGAAGUUCCUCGCUAUUAAAGCUGAUGACCAGAGUGUUUACGGCAAGAAGGGCAAGGAGGGCGUUGUCAUUGUGAGGACACCUUCCUGCAUCAUGAUCGGCCACCACACCGAGGCCGUCCAGACCACCAACGCCGCUGCUGCCAUUGAGAAGGUCGGCGACUACCUCCGCGGCGGCAAAUAAGCAUAGCAAAGCUGCAUUGGGCUAGUCCUGGAUUCAGACAGACAAUCUGUUUGCCUAUUGUAAAUCACGAUGGGGCGCUUUCUUACGUUUUCUACUCUUCCAUCUUCUGCAUUCGACGCGUAAAUAUGUGUAAUAUGUACUCCUAUAAGUACAGAAUGAACCCUUGCGGGUAUUGAUGGC